AUGACCUACAAGUGGGAGAUGUUGCCAAUCAUUCUUGAGAGAUGCCCCAAUCUAAAGGAUUCUAUUUUGCCUGAACCUUGGCGUGUCCUACAAUCUCUCGAGUAUGUCAAGAUAGAAAGACCAUUUGAAGGGGUGGCGGUGAAGCUAGUGAGUACUAAGAAUCUGUUGUCCUCAAGGAGCUUCUUACCAUUCCAAGACUCUCUACCUCAUGCCAAGUGGAUGUUCUUUGGUCCUAGUCAUUGA